AUGAAUUCAAUGCGCACUGUUGAAAAAGAACUCGAGAUUGCACCAACUGAAGCAAUAGACAAGGUUUUCACAAUUAUCGUGGAUAAUGCUAGUUCAAAUGAUGUGGCUACUACAUACUUGAGAAAGAAAUUGAAUAAUGUGAAUGGAACUCUAUUAGAAGAAAAAUUCAUUCAUAUGAGAUGUGUUGCACACAUAGUUAAUUUCGUUGUCAGGGAAUGGUUGAAAGAAGUGAAUGAAUCAAUUGCUUGUGUUAGAUCCGCGGUAAGCACGUACACUAGGUGGAAUUCUACCUACUUGAUGUUAAAGGCCUCUCAAAAAUUUGAAAAAGCAUUUGAGAGAUUUGAAGAGAUUGACCACAAUUAUAGGCAUGAAGUUGUGUUGAAUGAUGGCACACAUGAUCGUGAGGAUUGGGAAAAUAAUGUUAGGAAGAUGAGCAAGUUUUUGCAACGGUUCUAUGACUUUACAUUGAAAAUUUCUGGUACUACAUAUGUGACUUGUAAUGCAUACUUUCCUGAAAUUUGUAAAUUGUAUUGUACUUUGCGUGAUAGAAUAAUGAGUCCUGACCCUCAAUUUAGUGCUAUGGCAAAACGAAUGAAGGGGAAAUUUGACAAAUUUUGGGUGAAUGCUGAGAAAAUGAAUAUGCUACUUUAUGUUGCAAUUGUUCUUGACCCUAGAAGGAAAUAUGUCUUUUCUGAUUUUUAUUUUAAGAGAAUAGAAGUGACCAAUCAGCUGUUUAAUAAAUAUCAUGAGUUGUUGAAAGUUUCACAAGGUGAGGGUAGCAAUUUUUCUCAAUCAUUGAGUGCCAUUAACGAGGAUUGUGAAGAUGAACUACAUAACCUAAAUAAUGUUCUAAACAUUGAAAUUGAUUUUCAAAAGUAUUUGGUUGAAAUUGGACGUGGGGAGCAGAAAACUGAAUUGGAUAAAUACAUCAAUGAAGAGCUUGAUACUCAGACUGGUGGUGGUGAAUUUGAUAUUAUCCGGUGGUGGAAAGAAAAUGCUCAUAUAUUUCCCAUUAUUUCAUGCAUGGCUCGUGAUAUAUUGGUAGUUCCUGUAUCCACCAUUGCAUCUGAAUCUGCAUUUAGCACAGGUGGACGUGUGCUUGAUAAUUAUAGGAGUUCAUUAACUCCUAAAAUUGUACAAGCUCUUGUGUGCACUCAAGAUUGGUUACGUGAAGAAAAUCUCAUUUCAAUGAAUGAUUUAGUUAAGCAUGAUGUUAGAGAGAUGUAUAAACUUGAGAUGGAUAUGUCAAAUAUGAGUUUGGAUCCUAUGAUUGAUUAG